UGAAGCAAGCAGAAGCGGUGUCGUUUGUUGCUAAAGCAGGAGACAUUCAAGCUUCUGUCCUUUGCUUCUAACCCUCGUCUCUUCUUCUUCGGCGCGCUGUAGAGGCUGUUAGAGGCUCUCAGCCUCAAAGACUGUGCUGGAGGGAAAGAUCUCGCGAGAGCUCCAAGCACGGGCUCAGCUGGCCGUGGCUUUGCUGCAGUCGGAGGGAGAAGGCAGGCAGGCGGCAAUAUGGCGGACAGAGACAGUGGAAGUGAGCAGGGAGGAGCGGCCACGGGCCCAGGCUUCGGCUCCAUGCACUUAGCGGCAGGAGGGGCGGGCUCGGCUUCCGGGCUCCAGCACGAGACGCAGGAGCUGGCGUCAAAGCGGGUCGACAUCCAGAACAAGCGCUUCUAUUUGGACGUAAAGCAGAACGCAAAGGGCCGCUUCUUGAAGAUAGCCGAAGUCGGGGCCGGCGGAAACAAGAGCCGCCUCACUCUCUCCAUGUCCGUGGCUGUCGAGUUCCGAGACUACUUGGGGGACUUCAUCGAGCACUACGCCCAGCUAGGACCGAGCAACCCGGGGAUGGUACAGGACGAGCCCAGGCGGGCGCUAAAAAGUGAGUUCCUGGUCCGAGAAAAUCGGAAAUAUUACAUGGAUCUGAAAGAGAACCAGAGAGGACGGUUUCUACGGAUCAGACAGACCGUUAACCGGGGGCCCGGGUUGGGAUCCACGCAAGGCCAGACGAUCGCUCUGCCCGCCCAGGGACUUAUUGAGUUCCGCGACGCUCUGGCUAAACUUAUUGACGAUUACGGUCUGGAGGACGAGCCGGCGGAGCUGCCCGAAGGCUCGUCGUUGACUGUGGACAAUAAGCGGUUUUUCUUCGACGUUGGGUCCAAUAAGUACGGUGUCUUUAUGAGGGUGAGCGAGGUGAAGCCCACCUACCGCAACUCUAUCACGGUGCCCUACAAAGUGUGGUCCAAAUUCGGGAACACUUUCUGUAAAUAUGCCGAGGAGAUGAAGAAGAUCCAGGAGAAGCAGCGGGAGAAAAGGGCAUGCGAGCUGCAACAGGAGGAGAUGCAGGCGGACGAUGGAGAUGAGGAUUGAUAAUGGAGGAAAACAUGCAAGAUUAAUGAAAAUAACCACAGAAUUAAAGUUCAAACUCUACUGUAUAAAGGAAGGAUCUAAAGAUUUUAACUGUCAAAGUUUAACUCCAAGGGAGCAUCACUCAGUAUAAGAAAACCUCCACAACCUGACAGUUAUGACAUGUUGUCACUCAUCGCUGGAUGUUACCCCACUUAUCACCAUUAAUACAGUAACAGGCUGCUAAACAAAGUAAUAACAUUAUAUUCGAACAUUGAUUCCUACUUGAUAAUAUUGAACGGAGUGUUUAUUUCCCUUAUUAACAGAACUUUUGUACCAGUUAAAGCUAUUGUUAAAAAGGUGUUUGCAAUGUUCAAAUAGAAAAAGAGGGGAGGGGGGGUUACUUUACAUGUGAGCUAAUGACUUCAGCACAAAUCCGAUAUUUUGAUCUUUCAAAAAAGAAUCCAAAUCUUUAUUUAAACAACAAAAAAAGUGAUCACAUGUACUUGCCAUUACCUUUACCUGUGAGUAGAGAUGUGUUUACACAUAAAUCAUUUAUGAGGGCUAGGCUUGCUAUGGAAAGUGGUUAGAUGUCAUGCAGUACAUAAAAAGGAAUAUAGAGGCAUUUUCAUGAAAUGAAAUAAGUGCUAUAUUUGUUGUGCAAUAUGCAUUUGAGAUGAAUUAAUUAUAUUAAACUGGUCAACAGUUGUUGACAUGGCCGUUGCUAGAGGCAUUCAAAGAAAUAUAGAUAUCGUAAUUCUUUUUGUUUUAUAUUGUUGCCAUGCCGAUGGAUAUAUUAUAGACUACCUUUCUGUCUUAUCAUUGAUGCAAUGUGUUAACUUAAAAAAAGGUACUAAGUGUUUUUGAUGGAGGAAAUGCAAUGAGAACAUGUAGCAAUUUGCCCCAGUUGAAAAAAUUAAGACACACACAAGAGGUUUAAGUGGCUCAAUUCAAUGCAGACGAGGGUUACGUGAAAAUAGAGAUGCACCGAUCAGCAUGAUGAUUUCCUUUAAAAUGAGAGGCCCAAUUUUUUUUACAUUUGACUUAUGAGCUAUAAUGCAUGAAGAAAGGGUCACAAAUUAAAAGUAUUACAUUAAUAUUUUUUAUGUUUUCAUCGACAUUCAAAAAAUUGCAACAAAUUACGCGCUAUAGCUAAGAAAGGCUGAUGGUUCUCAGUUUUUAUACAUUUUUGAGUAGAAAUUGUUUUUCUUCACAUUAUUUGACCUGCAGAUCAACUAUUGGAGCUCAUGAAGACCAAAUCAGGGUGCAUCUGUAUCCAUAACAGAUUAUUUUUUGUUUCCUUUUUAGUUAUAAAUGGAGACGCACCAAUAGACUUUGCUUAACCCUGUAUAUGUUAGUUUUUUUUUCUUUCUUGUUUUCCAAAAAUCUAAAUAUUUGCCGCAAGUUAUUUAAUUGACAUGUAGGUGUUAAAUCUAACUCCAAUGAAGAAAUACAAAUUACCAUUUGUGCCUUGAAGCGUAUUGCUCUAAUAAUUGCAAAGUAUACCUUUUAUUUUAUUUAUUUUUUUUGGACAAAAAAAAAUAAUGGGCCUUUUUUAUUUUGAGCCGUUAUUCUUUGGAUAAAUUGCUGGAUUUUUUUUUUUUUUAUCCUCUUCAGAUCAGAGCUAAUCCAUCAAAAUCUGUCUGCUUGGUGCAUCUCUACUCUAAAAAGCCACUAUUGUCAUCAGUUACAAAUGAAUUGCAGCACGGAUCAGAAUUCUCUGACAAACAUUCAUGGUUUUAAUUUAUAACUUCUAUAAUAUUGCAUCAUUUAAAAACCAUAGGAUAUUGAAAGUUCAUAUUUGUAGUUUAUGGUCGGACUCUGCCGUUAGUUGGCAGGACAUAUAUGUGAAUUAUUCUUAGGCAUUUAAUGUUUAAUGAAGAAAAAAAUAUAUAUUUAGUUUUUGCCAUUCCCUAUUAGCAGUUUUAGGGGAUAUCAUCUGAUUAAAUAAUUGGUGCAUCUCUACCUGAAACAGCAGCAUUUUGUGAUAUUCAGUCAUAAAAGUCUAAAUGGUGCCAAGGAGUGCUCUUGCUGCAUGUUAACCUGCACUAGAUGAGAUUUCAUCGGUCUCCUGAAAUAUCGCUUCAGGACCUUUUCUUCUCUGAUGUAGGAGAGGAAUAUGUCUCAGAAAGGAGAUUGUAAAUGGUAACAGAAUGGAGUUGGUGGCUCUACAAGUUAAAUCCUGAGCGGUUAUUUUGGGAGCAUGCUGCAGCUUAAUUUAAGAUUUGUAAGCCCAAAUAUCUGUCUGGGGAAUGAGGGCAGUCUGAUCUAAUUGUAUAUACUUGGGCUGCCAGUUGGUAAAAAGACUGGUUCUGAAACCAGUUCAGUCGCAUCUCAUAGAUGUUUGAUAGCAGUUUUAUAAACUCUUGUCAGUAAGUUCCAGAGAAACUGGCAACAAUCAGAAUAUUUCAGAUUUACCUCAUCAACGAAUCAAACGAUUGCUCCCGCCUUCCAAUUGACUGGAAACCAGCAAAACUAGACUUUCCUUGACAACCUUACUACCAGGAGCCUCUGGUUUAAGCCUAAACGACACCUGUAUGGGGAGCAUCCUCUUCAGCAUAUAAAACAACCUGGUGCCUUACACACUCCGCAUGCUUACACGCUGGCCUGGUGCUUUGGAUCGCAGUUUUGGCUUUUCUUUCUCACGCUUCUUUUUUUUUUUUUUUUUUUUUUUCCAGUUUUGUGUCUCGGCCCCCUUGUGUGCUAGCGCACGACUCGUGGUGCUAAAAGGGUUUGCUACAAACCCUGGGGAGCAGAUUCUUAACUCUUUUUCUGCUGCCUUCCUUUCUUCCCUAUAACUCCAUUGCUUCCCCUUUUAGCCAUCCAGGUAUCGGCCUACAUGUAAACAUGGAAGGGGGUGGUCACCUAGAUGCAAGACGAUGCAGAGGAUCAGGCUAAUGUCUCGUUGAGCGAGAGCUAAAUAUUUGGAGAAAAAAAACAAAGAUCGUGAUGGAAGGACCCCCCCCCCACACACACUUGAAUCACUAAUUUUGAUCUAAAAUAGCUGUGUGGCAGUAAAUGGGAAGUAGCGAAACAAUUUUUCAUUUUCUAGAAUUUAAACAGAACUACCUUUUCAGCAUUAUUCCACUUUAUUUGUCAUUUUUGAAUGUUUUUGCCCAUAAAAGAUGCAUCUAUUUUUAUUUUUCCUGUGCAACAUUUCAUCACUGUGUGCAAUAUCGUAUGUGCCAACGGUGGCAAUAUAUGUGUAUCAAUUAAAUAUAUUAAUAUAAUUUUAAAAAAAGCAUGUGACUAGGUUCCAUGUCUAUUUCUCAUGAAGGAGUCGUACGCUUUUAUUUGCACUCGAAGCUCUAUCCUGAAAAGAUAAAAAAUUAUAGCAGAAACCAAGGGUGUUUGCCGCCUGUUGGGUCAAGCCGUUCACACGUACUUUAACUUGAAACAUCAUCACUGCAAUGUGCCCCUCUUUUAGAAACGGGUCGAAUCGACCCUGUGGGUUCUAGAAGGUAGACUUUAAACAUCCAAAUGUAGGUAUUGUUUUUUUUUUUGAUUAAAUGGGGAAAAAAGAAGAAAUCUCCAUUUUUAGCUUUAUGCUAAGAAAAGGUGCUUCAGUCCAAUCCUCAUUCAGAUGUAAGGUUAACUGUCUUCAGUGGUUGUUGUGUGUAGCACUUUGCUUUUCCCAGGUUAAUGAAAUGCCUGACCAAUACUUGUUUAAAAACGAUCUCAACAAAGAAUGUCAUUCUCUCUUAUGUUGCCUCCUUUUUUUCUCUUUUUAGAUGAUAUAUAUAUAUAAAUAUAUAUGAUUUGCUCAUGUGAUGCAUUAAAUAUAAUUUAUGUACAUUUGACAAAAUAAAAAAACAUUUAAUUAUCCCGGUGAGGGAGAAAAUCUACAUUCAAAAUAUAUGUUCUUCAUGUUUGGUUUCCUGUGCAGGAGGGAGUGACGGGCAAGAAAAAAAAAGUUUAUUUUUGAUGUAGUGUUGUCUACUAUGUCUGAAUCUGCGUUUGCAAUGAUACUAAUUACUAAAGCUUAAUUUUACAGCCUCCAACAUGCAAACAUUUCAACUAUUUAAUGACUUGUGUCUUCUUGGAAAAUUUCAAAGUACUGUAUAUGUAAUAAAUGCCAGGCUGUAAAAUAAAGCAUUACUUUGUUCUCUAA